AUGCUCGGCAAGGCAUUGUUUCCUGCAAUCACGUUCCGCAACGUCACGGUGCAGGUGCACUUCGGCGCGGCUCCUUUGAGGCCGCUGCCGUUCAAGUGCCACACCUGGCAGGAGGUGCAGAAAACACACAGUGAGGUGAGAACAUCACCUGUGCCCAAAGAUGGCAAAUACCAGGUGCUCUUGCCAGUGGGCCUACCGGACGAAGCCACUUUCGACUGGGUGGACCAGUUCUUGUCCAAGAACAAGAACUACACUGAGAUUAGCGACCGCUCGAUCCUCGACUGGGCCAACAAAAGUGGUCUUCAGCGAUCUGGCGGCUACGUGAAGAGGAGCUCCCAUGACCAUCCGGAGAUGAAUUUCGGACUGCCGCUGAUGGAUGACUACAGUGUCAGCAAAGUGCUGAAAGCCUUCGCCACAGUUUUGCCUCGCAACUUCAUCAUUGCUGAGGUGAAGAACAACCUUCUGGCGGACGAGCGACAGAAGACCCUGGCACGCUUUCCGAGCCACUGCUACACGAAGGAAGUGCGAGUGCUGGUUGGGGAGCCAGCCGCGGAUUACAAGACCUUCAUCCAGGAGGUCAUGCUGAAAGAGAAAAAGGAGAAAGCUGAAGCCGAAAUGAAGAGGAAAAAGGCGGAAGCUGUUGCAAAGCAGGCUGAGGAAGAGAGGCGAAAGAAGCGUCUCGAAGAGCAGAAGCAGCGUGCCGAAGCUGCGAAGGACGGAAAUGGGGCAGAAGGAGGCGAAGAGGAGCCAAAAGAUGAGAAAGAGGAGGGCAAAGAAGAGGAGCAGCAAGAGGAAAAGGAAGAAGCUAAGGAGGAAGAGAAGGCGGAAGAAGCGAAAGAUGAGCCCAUGGAGGAGGUCCAGGUGGCUCUGACGGAAGAGGAGAAGAAGUUCUGGUUCCGCCGCAAGGAUGUUCCGGACCUCACCUCGAAGGACAUGUCCUCAUCCUACGAGAAGUUCACAUUGCCGACUGCAGAGGAAGGGUGCGAUAAAGUGACCUUCCUGUGGUACAAGGAAGCACAAUGCAAGGAAUACCUCCAGAAGUGGGUCUUGGAGCGAAAGAUGACCCAGCGUGUAGAGGAUCUGCAGCCCUCGGAGUGGUUCCGGCAAAAGCACAACGAGUGGAAUCGCAUGCUGGGCUCAUGGAAGCGAGCACAUCAAGACUUCAAGGACCCAAACCGAAGAAGAGCGAUGGAGAUGGCGAAGAAAAGACGGGAGCAGGCCAAGGCGAGGGAAGAGGAGAAGAAGGUUGACGAGAAGCCGGACGAAAAGACUGACGACAAGCCUGACGAGAAGAACGACGAGACAGCUGAGGAGAACGGUGGUCAAGCAGAGGAGGGAGAAGAGGUCGAGAAGGAGAAGCCGGAGGAGAGCAAUGAGAAGGCAGAGGAGCCGGAUCAGCCAGAGGAGAUGAAGAUCGACGCUGCCUCGCUGGAUCCUUUCGCCAUCGAGGAUGUCACCGACCUUGGCAACGGAGAGCCGCUCUUCGCAGAAUUUACCUUCGAGGACUGGAUGCUGCUUACUCUGAGAUUCGAGCUGCAUCUGCUUUGUCAUGCCUUCCGACAUGACCUGGACGACCCUGAUCGCCCGAGCUUCAAAGAGAACCACUUCAGCUUCUACUACCAGAAGUACUACAAACGUGGCUUCAACUUGAAGAGCUUCGGAGUGGAGUCGACGGAGGGCCUGGUCAACCUGGUGAAAGACACGGUGGAGAUGACCUCCAGCAGCUCACUGGAGCCCCAGUUGAGCCACGACACGCCCCUGGACAACUUCGUACGCCUGACCGAGGACGCGAGGCGGGACCGCCAACUGCGCAUCGACUCUGGCGACGAACUCGCCUUGCUGAAGUUCCAGCGGCCGAACACAGCCUCGGCCUCGCAGGGAGACCAGCAGGCGUUCUGCAUGAAUGGUUGCUUCGGACUGUGCAUGUCGUCUCUUUUUGCUCCAGCUUUCUUGCAACUCAAGGCUCCAGCAGCCUACGACAAAGGCAAAGGACUCCCUACAUCGAUGCAUCUCAUGACCUUGUCUGUGGAAACGCCGCAAAGAUAUGCACAAGUGGAUGCAAGCUCGAUUUUGCGGAGAUCCUUCGUAUCACAAAAGCUCUACGAACCGAAGGACGUGCUGGAAUUCGGCAAUGCCUUGUCAUAUCGUGUCAUGCCGUAUGCGCAGGCCGCGCAGGCACCACGCCCGCGCAAGGGGGCGGCGGCCAGCAUGGGCAGCGGUACCAGCAGCGUGGAGGUGGCUCGUACGGUGGAGGGGGCGGCGGCGGAGGAGGCUGCAAUGCUGGCGGAGACGCGGGAGUAUUCUUCAGAUCGAGAAGCACUGCGCCAGAUUGCACAGGAGCUUUGUGAGCCGUUCACUGGAGAAGGAUACCAUGAUCUUGAUCCAUAUCGGAGCCUUGCACAGGAGCUGGUGAAUAUCGGCAGGAUGACCGAGGCCGAGGAUCCACGAGGAAAUCUCCUGGGCUCCAUGAACUUUCCCGCUUGGGUAGAUCUCCUGGGCGAUGAUGCAGGGGGCAUGAGUCUGAUUUAUGACAGCCUCUUGCGCGGCUGGGCACAGGUGGGCAACAUCGACCAAGCGCUGCGCUGGCUGACCCAGUCGCUGUUAAAAACACAUGCAAAGGUCAUUCGCAACAACGACAAGCAGCCAGCGCAGGAUGCCUCGAUUGCCCUCAUCCAGGCCCUGGGGAGGCGUGGAGACCUUUCAACUGCCGAAAGCCUUCUGGACGAUCUCUCUUACUGCAUGCCUUGGCCGUUCCCCGCUCUUGUCAAUGCCGCGCUGCGCGGCUGCGCCGAAUCCGCGGACGUGAAGGGCGCCAGGCAUUGGAUGCAGCUGAUGUCAGACCAUGGAAGCAAACCUGAUGGCUCCUCCUACUUGGCUGCUCUCGAGGGAUUUGCAAAAUGCGGCCGCUCCGACUUGGCGCAGAGCUGGUGGGACCAGAUGAAAUCCGAGGGCUUCUUGCCCAUAUGUGAGCACUACACAGCGAUGAUGAAAGCGUUGGAUCGCGAAGACUUCCGCGGUGCAGAGUCCUGGUUCGUCCGCAUGGAAGACGCAGGAGUUGCGCCCGAGGCAAUGAGCUAUGCGGCAGUGAUUGAGCGUGCAACUUCUGAAGGCGUUGCGCUCUCGUGGUUUGACAAGAUGCUCACUGACGGCUGGGCGCCUGACUUGGACGCCUGCAAAAGCAUGCUCGUGGCCAUCGGCCGCACCGCGCCCGCGAGAGCUAUCGAGUGGCUGCGCAAGAUGGAGAUCGUGUUCAACCUUUUCCCAGAUCUUGCCUGCUACAACAUUGUCCUCAAUGCCGCGGUCCGGUCGAGAGCAGACAUCCAUCCCGAGAAGCUGCUCAUGGAGAUGCACGAGAGGUACCUCCGGCCUGACGCCGUCAGCUUCAACACCGUGAUCUCAAGCUGCGCAAGGACUGGCGACGACGAAGGCAUGCAGAGGUGGCUGGCGCAGAUGUCCGAGGAAGGCCUCUCUCCCGACCUUGCUACCUUCAAUUCCGUCAUUGACAGUUUUGCUCGUCGAGGCUUGUUCGCCGAUGCUGAGCAGUGGCUCCAGAGGCUGAAGGAUGCAGGUUUGCGCCCGAACGUCCGCUCAUAUGGUCCACUAACCACCGCCUUGGCGCAACGUGGGGACACCGUGGCGGCCGCACACUGGCUGAGGAACAUGAUCGAGGAUUCUGCCACGGCCUUGAUAAGCGACGACAAUUGA